AUGCUUCUUUUUGAUGAAUCUCAAACGGCAAUUGAUUCUGAAUCAACGGCGAAAGACAACAAGGUUGAUAGUCUAAAGCAUAUCGUCGAUGAUGCUGCUCAAAAGAUGGCUGCUGAUCAACCUAAAGCAACCGAGAGGCCAAACGUAAGCGAACCUUUAAAUGAUCAUCCUAAUGUCCAGGGGGAGGGUCCGGUUCUACAACAUGAUCAAGACUCUUCAUUCCAGGGGGAGAACUUACCGUCACAAUCAUCAAGCUCUACUGAAAGUCCAAACGAAGGAGAAGAUACUCAUCCAGACUCCGAACAGGCGUCAUCCUUCGAGGGGGAGAACACCAAUAUUUGGACUAUGGGUCAAUCAUCUGGCAACAACUGGUCCAAAGCUUGCAUUCUUCCUCAAGACACUCAGAAAUCUAAUGUGGCAGAAUCAGAGUAUGUUCCUCCCAAACACAAAUCUGCUCCUCCUUCAGAAUCUGAAAGCGAAAGCUCUGAUGAUGAGGCUUCGGGUCGAGGUGACACCCCGCUUCGCUCGCCUACCCUAGAAAUACCAGUUCACUCCCUACCUCCUUCUCUUCCACCUGUUACCAUCCCAUUAUCCAUCCCUCCGAUAUUUCCUAUCCCUACGUCUCAACCAUCCACCACUAUUCCCAUCCCUACUCCAAUCUUCACAGACACUACCACUACCACCACUACUAUAGGGGCUCAUUCUAAAGCUCCAACCUCACCUGUUACAACCGAACCACCACUAACAACCAAACCUCCUAUCACUACCAAACCCUUAUCCCCUACCCCAUCUACUGACACCACCGCAGUUCUAGGCGGCGAGGACUUGGAAUUUGAUUCCACUUAUUUCAGUCCUUACCGUGUACAAAGUGAUGAAGACAUUGAUGAACCUGUCACCAAGCGUCAUCUCAAAGCAGUUAACGACAAACUCGAUCAACUGCUUUCCUCCUCUUCAUCUGGGACUUAUUCUGAUGUUGCUUUAAAGGCUUUGUUCUCCUUUAUUGUCCAAGAACACAGGGCCUCCCAUACAAAUGCAGCUAAGGCUAUAGACGCCUCCAUUUCGCAAUACCAGAAAGCCUCCCUUGCAGUUGAGACCUCCACCAAGGAGUGCAAAGAAGCAACCGCAAAAGUCGAUAAACUAGUUUCUGAGGCUAUCCUAUUUUUGGAUUCUUUGCAGGCGGCAACUCAGAAAAAUUCUCAAACUGUCAAUGCUUCGGUUGAUAACCUUCAGCGUUCUCUUCAAGCUGAACGGUCCAAACUUGAAUCUGCUCGUUAA